UUACGUUUCACUGAUAAAUGCCACGAGAUUAUGUACUGUACCUAUGGGUCCGGUCUGUUGAGGUACAUGUAAUUCCGGCCAAAUCUUCUUCUUGCCAGAAGAUGGCAUCGUCCGUACACUGGCAAGCAAGGCAGCUUGGCGAUGCCAAGAAGAGAAUAUGGACACUGUAUAUAAGAACGUGUUGUCUACUAAGAAUGGAAAAGACAAUAGCCGCAAUACUUUAGGAACUUCUCAGAUCUUGUAACAAGCAUCGAUACAACCAAUCAGCAGAAUGUCCAAGAAGAUCGUUACUGUCCUUGGACUCACGGGCAAACAGGGCUCCUCCGUAGCUAACCACUUCUUGAAAGAGAAUCGUUGGCAAGUCCGCGGAAUCACACGGGACCCCGAAUCUGAAAAGGCAAAAGCUUGGUCCGCGAGAGGCGUCGAAGUUGUUCGUGCCGAGCUCGAUGAUGUAGCGUCUCUGCAGUCUGCUUUCAAGGGCUCGAAUGCUAUCUUCGCUGUUACCGACUACGUUGCCAAUACCUAUCGAGCCUCCUCAGACGAAGGGCUGAAGAAGGCCAAAGAGCUCGGAAAGAGCGUCAAGGCAUAUGCUGGCAUAUUGGAGGAGAUUCAAGGUGUCAAUGCCGCAAAAGCAGCCUCGCAUCCUGAGGUCCUUUCGACUUUGGAAAGAUACGUCUUCUCGACGCUGCCGGCUGUGACGACAACCAGUGGUGGAAAAUACACGCAUGUGUACGAAUUCGAUUCGAAAGCGAACGUAAAAAGCUACAUCCUCAGCAAGCUUCCACAGCUCGCUCAGCGGAUGAGUACAGUUAUGAUGAGCAAUUACCUCGAGAACUGGUCUGACAUCCCUGCUCUUGCGCCACAAAAGGAGAAAGACGGCUCGUACUCUUUCCUCUUCCCAGAUAUCCCAGGUGAUCAUACCGCGCAUCCAGAAUUAUGGGUCACUCAGGACGCUGGAGCUUUCGUCAAGGCCUUGGUCCUAGGUCAUCCAGCUGGCACUGACGUUAUUCCUGCCACUGCUAUCAUCAGCCAGGAAGACUACGCAGCGCUAUGGAGUAGAACCUUGGGACUACCAGCUGCUUCCAAGAUCAUUUCUGAGGCCGAGUAUGCCGCAUUGGUGCCGGAGGAGAUCAGAGAAGAACUUAUGGAGAUGGUGAAGUAUGUCACUGAGUUCGGGAUGGGGAAUGUCAGUACUGCGACGGAGCUGAAUAUCCAGACGACGCCAUUGGAAGAAUUCAUCAAGGCCCAAUCAUGGCAAUUGUAG